AGUUGUCAUACGCUGGCAGAAAGCUCACCAUCUUCUUCGCCACUACUGCGUUGCGCCUCCUCUCUUUCUUUUCUUUUUUUAAAGGAGUCGUCUCGCACCACAGCACAGAGAAGAACGGGUAGAGCACACCGAGUUACGUCCUACAGUACGACCUCGCAGAGACGCACACGGCAACAAUGAGCUCACGGGUCUCGCCGCGCACCUCCUUCCUCGCGCACCGCCAGUCUCACCAGCCCUCCGUCAGCAAUGCCCCCCGUAAGCCGAGCAUGGGCAAGGACAUCGCCGCGGCUGCCGGAGCCGUGAACGGUACUGCCGCGGCGAACGCGCCGGAGGCCAACAAACCCGCAGCGGAGGCCGUGGUGGAGCGCAUUCUGAAGGCGGCCGACCCCCAUGUCAUGUCCGCGCCCGUUUACUACGACUACAAGAAGGAGUCGCGCACCUACAAGUGUUUCCCAAGCACGCGACAGGUGUCGAUGCUCUUCUCUACUAACGGCAACACGAUCGCCAGGGACUCCGCGGAGGCCAUCCAACAAGAAGAGGACUCGCAGCGGCGCAUUCAGGAGGUCGAGGCGGCCGCGGCGGCAGAGACAAACCCCGACCUGAUCGACGAGGGCGUCUCGACGCGCAUCCUGAAGAACCAGUUCAACUAUAGUGACCGCGGCAGCCAGACCAUGAAUCAGCCGCUGAAGGAGCGCAGCGUCAUGACGGACCCGCCGCCGUCCUCCACCUUCAGCGGGCUAGCGACGGCCUGGGCGAUCUACGACGCCUACGAGGGCGAGCGGAUGGAGACGGAGAAGGCGGCCGCGGCGCAUCGGCGCUCCGUACAGGCCGCCCGCGCCGGCAAGGAUGAAGAGACCGCGCUGGCCUUCGCUGCCGCCGCUACAGGCAUCCGUGCCGAGGACGACAUCGGUCCGAAGGGGGUGGAGGAGCUGCUGGCCUCGCGUGCGUUCCGCGACGCCCUGCAGGUGAUGGAGCGGAUGGUGAACCAAAACGACUGCCACGACAUCAUCGACGACUUCAAGUACUGGGAGGACCAAAGCGACCAGUUCAAGGAGGACGGCACACUGCUGCCGCUGUGGCAGUUCUACACGGAGAAGACGCGCAAGCGCUCCGUCACGGCGAUCGCACUGAACGGCCGCUACUCCGAUCUCUUCGCGGUCGGCUACGGCAGCUACGACUUCCAAAAGCCGAGCAAAGGCACCGUGCACUGCUUCACGCUGAAGAACGCCGUGCCGACCGGCUCCGGCGCGGCGCUGCCCGCCCACCCCGAGUUCUCCAUUUACUUAGACUGCGGUGUGCUUUGCCUCGCCUUUCACCCGCGGGAGCCGGCGUUGCUGGCCUGCGGUCUCUACGACGGCAGCGUCUGCGUCUUCGACAUGCGGGUGAGCUCUAGCGAGAGCGAGGGGGCCAGUCACGGCCGCCCACUGUACCGCGCCAACGUGCGCACCGGGAAGCACACGGACCCGGUGUGGCAGAUCCUGUGGGUGGAGAGCAUGACGGAGUUCUCUUUCUACUCCAUCAGCACCGACGGCCGUGUGACGAACUGGACGUUGAACAAGAAGGAGCUGACGUCGCGCAAUGCGCUGAAGCUGAGCACCGGCGUGUGCACCUCCGACCCGGAGCAGACGCUGCUCGGCGAGCUCGGUGGCAUGUCCUUUGACCACUCGCCCAUCCACGACAAGACCGUCAUCGGCACGCAGGAAGGCAACUUGCUGCUCUGCACCAUGACGCACAACGGGCAGUGCGUGGAGCGGUAUGAGGGGCACAGCAUGGCGAUCUACACGACCCGCUGGAGCCCCUUCCACCCGGACGUCUUUCUCACCUGCUCCGCCGACUGGACGGUGAAGCUGUGGAUGAAGGGCUCACCGUCUCCGCUGGUCGUCUUCGACCUGGGCGACGCGGUGGGCGACGUGGCCUGGGCGCCCUACAGCUCCACCGUCUUCGCAGCUGUGACGGCCGGUGGCAAGGUGUGCGUCUUCGACGUGGCGCAGAACAAAACGGAGCCGCUGUGUGCGCAGACCGUCGUCAAGAACGCAAAGCUGACCCACGUCGUCUUCAGCGAGGCCGAUCCGAUCCUCUUCGUUGGUGACACGCGCGGCACGGUGCUGACGUUGAAGCUGUCGCCCAACCUACGCAAGGUGUCGAAGCCUGCGAAGGGAGAGCCGACGGAUGCGGACCACCAUAAGAUGGAGAUGCAGAAGCUGAACCACCUGAUAGAGGUUACACUGAAGGACCGGGCGUUGUUGGCAGCGUAG